UAAACAUCAACAAACAUGGGUGAUGUGCAGCAGUGGGUUAGCGAUGAACUUCAUAAUAUAUUAGGUUUUAGCGAUAAAUAUGCAGCUGAAUUUCUUUUGAACCUCGCCACUAAAAGUUCUAGUGUUGAUAUUUUGAUUGACAAGAUAAAGGAAACAGGUACGUUAUCUAUAAACUCUAAUGUAAUUAAGUUUGCUAGUGAAUUAUGGAGUAAAGUACCUCAUGCAGAAAUUAAAGAAAAACCAGCUCGCGCACGUGAGCGAGAAGUGUUGGAAACGUUAAAGAAAAAUAUGAGCUAUCAGUUGAUAGAUUUUGAUGAUGAUGACCUCCCUCCUAUCCAGCCUAAAGAGAAAAAGAAAGGAAAGAAGAGAAAAAGUCUUCGAGAAAGGAAAGAAUCUAGCAGUGACAGCGAUCCUGAGAAUGAAGUUCAGAAAGAUAUUAAAUCUGAAAGAAAAUCCGAUUCUGAAAGCGAUUUCGAACGAAUGGAACGAGAAAGGUUAGAAGACUUAAAAGAAAGAGAUGAAUUUUCUGCACGUUUGAAAAAAAAAGAUAAAGAAAAAACAAGAAAUAUUGUAUCAAAAUCUGAUAGGAAAGCUUUUGAAGAAGCAGCAAAAAGGUUACGUCUUGAAGCUGAGGAUAGAAAGAAAAUUGUUCCGAAACUCAGAGUUGAAUCUCGAAGAGAAUAUUUAGCCAAACGUAAAGAAGAUAAAUUGUUAGAAUUGGAAGGUGAUAUACAAGAUGAAGAAUAUUUAUUUUCAGAUGUCAGACUUACAGAGAAAGAGCAGAAAGAGAUUAAGUACAAGAAAAAAAUUCUUGAACUUGCCAGACAACAUGAUAAGGCUAAGGAAAUGGAAAAAAUUGAGCGCUAUCAUAUUCCUGAAGCUUCAAGAAAAGAGCCAAGUAAAAAAUAUGAAGAAGUUGAUGAAAGAGAAAAAGCCCCUAAUGCAGAACAGUUGAAAUGGGAACAGGAGAGACUGGGAUUUGCCCAGAUGCGUUUUGGUGCUGCAGAUGCUAAACAAAAACACAAAGAAAAGGAGUAUAAUUUGGUAUUUGAUGAUGCAAUUGAAUUUGUUCAAUCUAUAACAGUACCUGGUUCUAAAGGAGUUUCAGAACCCACAGAAGAACUAUCUGAACAAGAAAAAAAGCAAUUAAGCAUCCAGGAAACAAGAAAAAGCCUGCCGAUCUAUCCAUUUAGAGAUGAUUUACUAGAAGCUAUCAAGAACCACCAUGUUUUAAUUAUUGAAGGGGAGACAGGAUCUGGUAAAACUACUCAAAUUCCUCAAUAUUUAUAUGAAGCAGGGUACACAAGUGAUAAAAAGAAAAUUGGUUGUACUCAGCCGAGAAGAGUAGCAGCGAUGAGUGUUGCAGCACGUGUCGCUGAAGAAAUUUCUGUCAAAUUAGGAAAUGAAGUAGGAUAUAGUAUUAGAUUUGAAGACUGCACUUCAGAAAGAACUGUAUUAAAAUAUAUGACAGAUGGCAUGUUACUGAGGGAAUUCCUCUCAGAACCAGAUUUAGCAUCAUAUAGUGUUGUGAUUGUUGAUGAAGCUCAUGAACGUACUCUUCACACAGAUAUAUUAUUUGGACUAGUAAAAGAUAUAUCUCGUUUUCGUCCUGAUUUAAAACUACUUAUAUCUAGUGCAACACUAGACGCUGAAAAAUUUUCUCAAUUUUUUGAUGAUGCUCCUAUAUUUAGAAUACCAGGAAGAAGAUUUCCUGUAGAUAUAUUUUACACUAAAGCACCUGAAGCUGAUUACCUUGAUGCGUGUGUUGUAACUAUUCUACAGAUACAUUUCACCCAACCACUGGGUGAUAUUUUGGUUUUUUUGACUGGCCAGGAAGAAAUUGAAACUUGCAAUGAGUUGCUUCUAGAAAGGACCAGAAAACUAGGCUCUAAAAUGCGGGAACUUAUCAUAUUACCCAUUUAUGCAAAUUUACCAUCAGAUAUGCAAGCUAAAAUAUUUGAACCUACACCACCGGGCUCUCGAAAAGUUGUCAUCGCUACAAAUAUUGCUGAAACAUCUUUGACUAUUGAUGGCAUAAUUUAUGUGAUUGAUCCAGGAUUUUGUAAACAGAAUAGUUUUAAUGCUCGUACUGGAAUGGAAUCCCUUGUUGUUAUGCCGAUUUCUAAAGCUUCAGCAAAUCAAAGAGCUGGGAGAGCAGGACGGGUUGCAGCAGGUAAAUGUUUCCGUCUUUAUACUGCAUGGGCAUAUCAACAUGAACUCGAAGAUAACACAAUCCCUGAAAUUCAGCGAGUAAAUUUGGGAAAUGCUGUGUUGUUAUUAAAGUCAUUAGGUAUAAAUGAUAUUAUGCACUUUGACUUUUUAGACCCACCCCCUCAUGAAAGUUUAGUUUUAGCUUUAGAACAGUUAUAUGCAUUAGGUGGUUUAAACCACCAAGGUGAACUUACAAAGUUAGGUCGCAGAAUGGCUGAAUUUCCAGUUGAUCCUAUGAUGUCAAAAAUGCUCUUGGCAUCUGAACAGUAUAAAUGCUCAGAAGAAGUGCUUUCAAUUGCAGCCAUGCUGUCAGUGAAUAAUGCAAUAUUUUAUAGACCAAAAGAUAAAAUUGUACAUGCAGAUACUGCUCGAAAAAAUUUCUUCAGUCCUGGUGGAGAUCAUUUGACUUUACUAAAUGUGUAUAAUCAGUGGGUAGAAUCUGAUUAUAGUACUCAGUGGUGCUUUGAAAAUUACAUUCAACACAGAUCAAUGAAAAGAGCCAGAGAUGUCCGUGAACAGAUCGAAGGGCUCAUGGAUAGAGUUGAAAUUGAACUGGUAUCAAAUCCUUUAGAUACUGUUGCUAUUCGCAAAGCUAUUACAGCUGGCUACUUUUAUCAUACAGCUCGUUUAUCAAAAAGUGGACAGUAUAAAACAGCUAAACAGCAGCAAACUGUGAUGAUUCAUCCAAACAGUUCGUUAUUUGAAGAUUUACCUCGAUGGCUUGUUUAUCAUGAACUAGUAUUUACAACAAAAGAAUUCAUGCGGCAAGUAAUUGAAAUAGAGGGUGUUUGGCUUUUAGAAGUAGCUCCUCAUUAUUAUAAAGCAAAAGAUAUUGAAGACUCAACUAACAAGAAAAUGCCCUAUAACACUGGAAAAGCCAAAUCAGAUCUUGAUCGAAAGCAUACAUAAGCCAUAGUUUGCUUUGUAAAAUAAAUAUUUAUUUUUACAAUUGUUCAUUAAAAACAUCAUUUCGUUUUAUUAA